AUUUGAAUUCGAUCGCAGUUAGUUGAUACGUUUUUGGUAAAGAUGCUGAUGAGACUAUUCAUUUUAUUGGGCCUUGUUGCCCUGAUUAGAGCCUCUUGCAUAAUGCGGAGGACGGCCGAUAUGGGUGAGAAGGACGUUGUGGUAGUCUGCUUUUUUGUUAAGGACCUGAAAGUUGAAAUGGCCAAAGUUCCCGACGACGUGAACGUUGUGGCAAUGAUUAUUGUAGAGAGUCAAAUACCCAAAGUUGAAGUCGGUGUUUUUGAGAGAUUUGGACCGACAAUGGAACGAUUGGAAAUUCAACAUUCAGAAGUGGAGGACGUUGAAGAUCACGCAUUCAAAGGUCUUACUAAGCUUAAAGUUUUAAAUAUGAGAUUAAAUAAAUUGAAGGAGGUUAGAGCCGGUUGGAUGAACGAUAUGGUUGCAUUGACUGAUGUCAAUAUGAAUUCAAAUCAAUUGUCUAAAGUUGAUAAAGAUGUAGACGUUUCGAAAGUGGUGAACGUUGAUGUUGGAGAUAAUCAAUUUAAUUGUGUUGUCAUGGAUAUGUUGAAUACGAUGAAAAAUGUUAAAACGUUGAAGGUCGUUAUGAAUCCAUUAAGUUGGAAAUGUAUGGUUGAAUUGGACGAUUGGAUGAAGAGUCAUCCAGAUGUUGUUGGCGAUUUUGUAUCUAAAGAUCUUAGUAUUGAGCGUUUACUUGUUAAUACAAGAGAUUGUUUGAAAACUGUAACUGAUGUUAAUGAUGAAGAGGCUGUUGGCGUUUGCGUAGAUUCAAAAAUGACUAUGGUUAGAUAAUUAUUUACGUUCAUCUAUUUUUUGCUGAAAAUUUCUAUUAGUGCAAAUAUUUGGCAGUAAUAUAAAAAAAAAUUUUUUUCGAUUCCCUUCCUAGAAAUUAAUUCAGUGACUGAUUUGUUAAAAAAAACUUAUGAAAAUGUCAUCCUUCUUAGAAAUUCUUUGAAGUUUGUAUAACAACAAUUUUAUCAGCUGUUAAUAAAAACAACACUAUUAGAAA